AUGUCCAGAGCAGUACCAGGCCUCACCAGCAGGCUGUGCACCGCUGGAGCUGGAACCCUGAGGACGAUGGUCCAUGCAGCAGGUCCUGGACUCACCGAAAUCCCAGCGGUGGCGUCCCUCAUCGGGCAGAGGUCCAGGCGACAGGUAGAAAACUUUGUGAACGAGUGGAUUAAAAGACUCGCAGACGAGGAGGUGAAGAUGCUGAGGGAACACUCUGCUGGAACGGAAACCCCUGAUGACAGCGACCCCUUUCCGGAGUUGGGUUUAGAGAACCAAGAUGUGGGUCUGCUGACUGGUCUUUCGUUCAGGGAGCUGAACCUGGUGAAGGACCAGCAGCACAGUCUCCUCACGCUGCUCCGUGUUUUCCAUCCAGCGUUACAGAAGCUCACGGCAGAGACGCUCGCUGUCUGUAAACCUUUGUUCAUCUUUGACGGCCUGGAUGAAAGCAGACCUUCUCUGGACUUCAACCACAGGGAGCUUGUGUCUGAGGUCACACAGAGGUCAUCAGUCAACGUGCUGCUGACAAACCUCAUCCGGGGGAAUCUGCUUCCCUCGGCUCUCGUCUGGAUAACCUCCAGACCUGCGGCGGCCAAUCAGAUCCCUCCUGCAUGUGUCGACAGGGUCACAGAAGUACGAGGCUUCACUGAGGCCCAGAAGGAGGAGUACUUCAGGAGGAGAUUCAGUGAUGAAGAGCUCUGCAGCAGAAUCAUCUCACACAUCAAGACGUCCAGGAGCCUCCACAUCAUGUGUCAAAUCCCAGUCUUCUGCUGGAUCAGUGCUACAGUUCUGGAGCACAUGUUAACCACAGACCAGAGAGGAGAGCUGCCUAAGACCCUGACUGAGCUGUACUCACACUUCCUGCUGGUUCAGACAAAGAGGAAGAACAACAAGUACGGUGAGGGACAUGAGACGAGUCCACAGCAGCUGACGGAGGCUGACAGGGACGUUCUCCUGAAGCUGGGGAGGCUGGCACUUAAACAUCUGGAGGAAGGAAACAUCAUGUUCUACCAAGAAGACCUGGAGUGGUGUGGUCUUAAUGUCACAGAGGCCUCGGUGUACUCAGGAGUUUGUACUGAGAUCUUCAGAAGAGAGUGUGUGAUCUUCCAGAAAUCAGUCUACUGCUUUGUUCAUCUGAGCGUUCAGGAGUUUCUGGCUGCAGUCUACAUGUUCCACUGUUACACUGAGAGGAACACAGAAGAACUCAAGAACUUCUUGGGAACAUAUGGGGACACAUACAGUACCUUCUCCCUGGAUGACCUCCUGAAGAGAACCAUGGAGAAAUCCCUCACCAGUAGAAAUGGUCAUCUGGACCUGUUUGUUCGCUUCCUUCACGGCCUCAGUCUGGAGUCCAACCAGAGAGUCUUAGGAGGCCUGCUGGGUCGGACAGAGAACAAUCCAGAGAUCAACCAGAGAGUCAUCAACAACCUGAAGGAGAUGGACAAUUAUAACAUCUCUCCUGACAGAAGCAUCAACAUCUUCCACUGCCUGACUGAGAUGAACGACCACUCAGUUCAUCAGCAGAUGCAACAGUUCCUGACGUCAGGGAACAGAUCAAAGGAGGAACUCUCUGGGAUCCACUGCUCAGCUCUGGCCUACAUGCUGCAGAUGUCAGAGGAGGUUCUGGAUGAGUUGGACCUGGAGAAGUUCAAAACAUCAGACCAGGGUCGAUGGAGACUGAUCCCAGCUGUGAGGAACUGCAGG